AUGAAUGGAAUUUUAGUUCUUUGACAAUCAUCGUUCAGAUCGGAUGUGUUCACGGAAGCGCGGAACAAUAUCUCCUACACCGAAUGUUUUGCUAAAUUUUGGUUAUUUCUUUCUUGUCUUCAUAUCGAAAAGGUUGAUUUAAAAUUUCAGAACAUCCCCAAAAUAUCCCUUGAUCGAUGUCUUUAUUUGAAAAUUAACAAUAAGUGUGUCAAAUUAAUAUUUUGUUUUUGGUUUGUAAAUUUCAACUUGGAUUUUUUUUUACAAAUUUGCAAAUUUGAGCUCGAGCUCAAGAAGUUCUCCUUGAGAUUUCUUUGGCGAUCUUUAAAGUGCAAUAUCAUUUGUAUCUGACGUAAAUGGAUGUUACGUCUUCUUAUUGAAAUAAAAAAAAUAAAUAGAAACAAAAGUAAUUACUCGAAGCUUGUUGGUGAGAAAACAGUUUUUUUUAGUUAAAACUUUAUUUUUAUGGCCAAGCAAGUUCUAAACUUAAUUCGUUUGAUGAGCCAGAAUACAAAUUGACGAAUAGGCUUGGUUUGGCAUUAAACAAAACAAAAGCUAAAAACUUCGACCCGAUAAAAACAAAAAAAAUAAAGUAGAGUUCGUUAAUUGUAUUUUUUUUUUUAUUUUUUAACGCGAUCAUCAGGUUUUUCCAAAAAGGAUUGAAGUUUUAAUCGAGUGCAUCAAAUUUAAAAAUAUUAAUGGUUUGUUCUACAUCGUUUUUAGUGUUAAUUUUUGUGUUAAAGGUGUAAGAUACGUAAAAGGUUGAAAGUCAAGUCAGUCUUGCAUUCACGGAUUUUUUCUUAGAAAAACUUAAAAUCUAAUAUUUCAAUACGACUAAUGAUCCACAACAUAAUGUCCGACCGCCAACCAUAUUGGAUAAUAUUGCCGAUCCUUAUCUGGAUCUGUAGCAUUGGAUAUGGCAUAAGCCAGAGUCAAAAUGCAAUUGGUCGCCAUCGGAACUUCCCAAAGACAUCGUUUUCUUGUGCAGGGCGUCCAGCUGGUUACUAUGCCGACAUCGAGACAGGUUGCCAAGUCUACCACAUGUGCGAUGGUCUAGGUCGUCAGUUCAGCUAUUCAUGCCCGAAUACGACGUUAUUUCAGCAACGGAUGUUGAUUUGUGAUCAUUGGUAUAUGGUGAAUUGUUCCAAAGCGGAAAUGGACUAUGCAGCGAAUUUAUUGAUUGGUCAACGAGAUAAACCGUUUGUGCCCGAUGGAGAGAAUCAUUUACGAACACCACGUCCAGAUUUGCUCGAUCGUCCCUAUGCUCCAGAUUAUUCUGGAGAGUCCUUUAGGAAUCAAUUCAAACAACUUCCUGCAGUUCAAAAUAGCAUAUCUGAUUUCAACGAACGAAAAAACAUCGACAAGACUUUCACUUUAAAUCAUCCCUCCCCAACUCCUACGCGCUGGAAGAUCCCUCAACCAAGUCGAGAAAUUCUACCACCAGCUCCUCCAUCACCAACUUUGACAACCAGAAAACCACCAACUGUAGCCAGUCCCGCACCAAGGCCUCUAACCUCAACAAGGAACUAUAAUGCUGCAACUUCCACAACUCCAGCGUCAAUUAUUGUCAAUCGAAAUUUGGACACAUCUGACGAACUUUUGGGAACUGCUCACAGUACACGAUACAACACUUCUGGUGACAACUCAGCCGAAGAUAAACACUCAAAGCAGUCGCCAACAAAGCCACCAGCUGUGAAGACGCCCUCCCGUAUCUACGAGCCUCCCUUUUUAUACCCAAUUUACAACGAGAACGACACAGUACAACUAACCGAAGCUGUUCCACUCCAAAGCUCCACAGCGGCUCCGUUCACCAUCAAAGUAACAACGACCACCAAUACAACAACCCCGAGGCCAGCUACAAGGCCCACAACAUUUGCUGGUAAACCAUUUACUGUUGAAUCAACAACCUUGACUGCGACAUCAUCAAAAAUUACCCAAUCCACGGAUUCAGCUUUGGACUACAACAUCCCUGCAUCAGGUUCAAAAACUUUCCCACUUCCAUCGCCCUUCACGCCACCAAAGACCACUGCUUCGAAAAAUGUUGCUGCUCCAUCUCGAGAGCUCCUUCCACCUCUGUCCGAUAUUGUGCUUCAUGAUACCGCUACAACUCAAGGCCCCCCAAUCUAUUUCGAAUGGAAGAUCCCUUCCAACGGCCUAGAACCGCCCAAAUUCGAAGCUCCUAUCGGGGUCGAUGGUCGAGAAGAACAAGACGCUCCACUCUCAUACACCUCAGACCAGGUGAAGUUACCCACUCCAACAACUGCCAAAACGACAACAGCCAACACCCAACAAUACGCCAACAAUCCAUUCCUCUCGAAUAAAACUCAACGUUCCAUAGAUUCGUCAACUUCCCGAACUCCAACAUCAAGAUCAAUAAAAAACUUUCCACCAUCACCAGGCACGGAAGAGAACAAAAUCUCACCCACUCUCCCCACCGAACAGGACAUCAACCAACUGAGAAUGGACUUCUCGGUCCCAGACUACCUCUUCCCACUGGAGAACAUCGGCCGGACAGGUUACGAGCACUCGGACACAUUCAAUUCGUUCCAACUGAAAAUCCCUCAGAGAAGAGCUGACGUUGUAACGCCAUCUACCGAUCGAUGGUAUGGCGAAAAUCCCAAAUGCCCUCAAUGCCAUCCGAGCUUUGUAAAGCCUGGAACUUGUGAACCAUGUUUAAGGAGAUAGAAGUUCUCGUUGUUGUUGUUGUGAUGUAUUAUUUGGAGAGAAUGUUAAUCUUAAGUUUAAUAAAAAUAAAAAUCAAGAAUAGAUCUUAAAAAAAUUGUAAAUAAUUUACGUAAUGUUAAAUCCGAAAGCAUGAAUCACACACAGAUCCUCAUAAGCGUGUUUUUAAACUUUCUAAGGAAAACAAAAACAAAUGCACACAUCGACUCAUACCUCCAUAAGUUCCCGAAAAUCCUAUAGCUCAAAAAGCUUUGUAUUUAUACACACAAAACAAAUAUUGCAGACAAAAAUUAAUUAACAAAAUUAUAGUUUUUUAUUUUAAUUUUAUGUUUAUAUAAUUUUUUGGUUUGUUGAAAAUAUACUCGAUGUAUUUUUAGUUCUUUGAUGAUUUUGAAAAC